AAUGUAGUGAGCCCCUGUUUGAGGAUGCGGUGGAGAGUGUGGGGGGAGGGCUGGAUCUGCCAAUACCCCCCCCCCCUCAGUUGCAGUUUUUAACCCCUGCAAUCUGCCCCUAGUGUUUUGCCUACCCCUCUGCCCCCCUCCUUCCUUGUCUGCUGCUGCACAUGUGCCGGCUCCCAUUGUCAGCCAGCCACCGCGUGACCGCGAUGAUUCUGGGUCUGUGCGGAAGUCACAUGGGCGUCGUUUUUGAUUGUCCUCCCGGGGUUCUGGCCGCUCCUGCAGGAGCAGAACCGCCGAGUCACAUGGUGGCUGUCAGAGACAUUGUCGCCGGGAGUCCAGGAGCAGGGCCCGGUCCUGUAGGUCUCGUUCCUCCUCUCCUCAGGGGAGAGUUCAUGGAGCUCCAUCAGUCCUGACAGGAGGUCCCACAGGCGGUCAGGCCAGAGGCGUAGGUCCAGACCGGCUCGGCGGUCUUUUCGCGUGGGUGAUCGGCCCAGUGCUGUGGCAGCACCUGCGCCCAUGGAGCGAGUGGACCCAGUUCCCGUACUGCAGAGCGGAACUUCAUCAACUCCAGCGGUGGUUCCUGCGCAGAUGGUUCCAGGACUUCCGGAGGUUGUGCCCAACUGCAGAGCUGGAGGGUCGGUCAUGCCCGCCUUUGGUUUGGGGCCCAGUGACCGGAGAUUGAUGCCUCUGCUGAAGUCUUCAAUGGCGGCUUCCACCUGGUCCGGACACGAUCCUCCGGGGCUACGGUUGUGUUCUUGGGCCAUUCCUAUUUUCACCAGGCGGCACAGAGGGCUGACUGCCGUCCCCGGGGGAGAUCGCUGGGCUCUCAUCAGAUCGAUGCCCAAUGGAAUGCGUGGAAUUCCUGGCAUGCGGUGGCCUCAGGUGCUCUUGGAAGCGGUGGACAUUUCCGGCAGGUUCCAAUCUGGUGUGGUCUUAGUAGUUCAUGCGGCUGGCAAUGACCAGUGCUUCACCAGGGUCCCUGAAUUGAUCACCGUCAUGAAGGCGGAUGUGGAGCGGCUUGGGGAUUUUUUCUCCGAGAUGGUUUUAGUCUGGUCGGAGAUUGUUCCGAGGGUCAAACGGGGGCCAGAGAUGCGGAGGCCAUCGAGCAGUCAUGCCGCUUAGUUAACUCGAGGUUUGUCCGAUCCAAGGGUGGAGUGGUGCUCAGACACUGGGAACUUGAAGGGGACAAUCGGAGGUUCAUGAUUAGCGAUGGUGUCCACCUCAAUGAUAUUGGGCUGGACAUCUUCCUUUCAGGAGUGGAGCAGGCCCUGUUUGUUUUGAGUGGGGGUCGGAGCUCCGUGUAGGGCUCCUUUGGUGGCGUGAAGGCAAUAAUAUUAUUGGCGUUUACAAGGUGCCGAAGGCAUUCAUGCACGCUGUGGAGACGCGGCGCAAACUGUUUCGGUAAGCUGUUUAGUUUAUGGUUACUGCUAUGGUUAUAUGGUUAUAUACGGUAUAUAAAAAGCUGUGACCACCACCCAGACCACUUAAAGGAGUACUCCGGCGCGCACUUUUUUUCCUUUUAUCCC